AUGAAAAAAUCAGUUCUCUUUGUCUCGUUUGCGGCAUUGUCGCUUGCGCAUUCCGCUGGUGUCAAACGUCAGAAUACGGCGCAGGCGACCUCGAGCGCGGCGGAUCAUGAUCACGAUGACCACGACGACAUAACAGCCGUGACUGCUUGCCAUCUUCACGGCGCGACGCAGUAUUGUAUGCACGAGGCGACGGAGUUUAUGAUAUUGGCUUCCGCGACAGCGACUGAAGAUUUACCGUCGUCUUAUACAGACUGCCAUGCCCACGCGACACAGACGUGGUGCGUUGCACCAAAUGGGGACGAAGUCCAGAUCGCGGCUGAAGCGCAAACUACGCCGGCUCCAACUGGUGCAGACGACCAUGAGGAUGACCAUGAUCAUGAUCAUACGGCUGGCACUACUACCUCUACAACUAUCCCUCUAUCCAUUACGAAGUGUCAUACUCAUUCCACUGAGAUAUUUUGUAUGGCUGGCGAGACAGAGUAUCUUGUGAAGGCGACAUUGACAGCUUCGGAAUUCCCUCCGGAAUACACUGGUUGUCACUCACACGGAUCGGCAAUGUAUUGUGCUGAUCCGAGUGGGGACGAUGUUCUGGUACAACUUGCUGGUGCGGAAGAGGAACCGAGCGGAGAAGGGGAAGGUGAACCCCAAUUACACUGUCAUUUUCACGCUGGUGUUGAGCAUUGUGUCGGCGCUGAAGGAGAGAAAUCCAGUGCAGCAAGGGUUUGCACUAGGACGGACCGAGAAUAUAAUAUUAAGCUGAGGGUUGGUUUAUUGUUCGUUAUUUUGGUAACAAGCGCCCUCGGUGUCUUUGGACCGAUCUUACUGUCAUUGGUUUUAAACUCAAAAGCAUACUCUGUGCUUCUCAUUUUUAAACAAUUUGGUACAGGUGUUAUUAUCUCGACUGCAUUCGUCCACCUCUUUACUCAUGCCAACCUCAUGUUCACGAACGAAUGUCUCGAGGGUGUUGAAUACGAGGCUACAACAGCUGCGAUUCUUAUGGCUGGUCUCUUUCUUUCCUUCCUUGUGGAGUAUCUUGGACAAAGAAUUGUGCAUGCCCGACACGCCAAAUUGAUUGAGGCGAACCGCGAAAACAUGUCUUCUAAUCUAAUGGCGGAGAUGAAGGUUCAGAACGAGAUUGUUAGCGUAUUGGUGUUGGAAGCAGGAAUUAUAUUCCAUUCUCUUCUUAUUGGGCUUACCCUCGUUGUCGCUGGCGAUAGCUACUUCCUCACCCUCUUUGCUGUCAUCCUCUUCCACCAAAUGUUCGAGGGUAUUGCUCUGGGAACUAGAAUCGCAGCUCUUGGGACCGCUUCUCCAAACCGGGUACCACACGGUCAUCUACACAGCCACAGCCACAGUCAUGACAUCAACCGUAUCUCUCAUAGCGAAGAACCCCGUCCCUCCGAACCGAAAACAACAGCCAGCUCUCCAGAAGCUGUUGAGGUUAUGAAACCGGUUGGCGUGUCUCUUGGCAGAAAGUUGGCUUUUGCAUCUGCAUUCGCAUUAGUUACGCCUAUCGGUAUGGCAAUCGGUAUCGGUGUGUUGGAUAGGUUUAACGGAAAUGAUCCGUCGACUAUUAUCGCUAUUGGAACGCUGGAUGCCCUCAGUGCCGGUAUCUUGGUUUGGGUCGGUGUUGUGGAGAUGUGGGCUGAGGACUGGAUGUUUGGUGGUGAGAUGACUUAUGCUGGAUUCUUUACCACGAUUUUGGGAGGGCUUGGGCUAGUUUUGGGGAUGGGUAUUAUGAGCUUCUUGGGUAAAUGGGCUUAA